CAACUCUGCCAGAGGCAUGGCAGGAGUCUAAUCGUGGGCCCCUUGAUCUUGACUCCCGUCAGCUCCCUUGUCCAGGUCUGGUCUGCCGCGCCCAGGGCUGAGGCCGAGUGCAUGACCUGUCUUCGGAAGCCUCUAGGCGGAAGGCCGGCCGGGGGUGGUCCGAGGAUGACCGACCCUGCCGUGGCCGAGUGCGUACAGCUGCCAAGGUGGUCUUUCCUGGUCCUUUGCCUUGGUCCCGCCAAGUGGGCCUUAGCGAAGUUGGGCUGGGCCGUCUUCCUGUUGGGCUGGAUACUCCCAUUCCCGGUCGGGGCGCGUGAGGGAAAUUCGUAUGUUGUUGUCUCUUCUCAGGCCGAGUGUGGCAUGGCUGUCAUCCCUACGUCCCUGAAGCUCUGGAAGGCCAAAUUCGUUUUCAUCUCUAGCUUUCCUGGGGAUCGGCAUCCUUUCCAAGCCAGGUUUCCCGACUAUCACACCUUCAUUCGUCAUCCUCGUCCUGAGGCCACUCCCGAUCUUCUCGCACACGCGCAGAAACUCUUGGAUGACUGCUGGCCUAAACCGCCCCAUGUGUACACGGUGUGUACGAAGCAGAACCUAGCGGAGGUGGGGAUUCUUAUCUCCCUCGAACGCCAGUUCAAGUUGACCGAGGCCGUGCUGGGGAGUCGUCCUAAGCAUGGACUUGAAGAGAGUACCUCGAGGCCGGGAGAUCGGGUGUCGGAGGGGGAAGAAGAGGAAGAGGACGAGGAGGUCGAGACCGAUGAAGAGUUAGGACAACCAUCCUAUUCCGAGGGCACUGCCGAUGUGGAGCCUUCUGGAGGAGACAUGCAUCCAUUGGAGGUCAUUCAUAAGGCCAAGCUGUUGGCUCAAAAUCGUAGCCGAGAAGAGGAGGUUCAACAAGAACCACCCUCCGGGGGUACAUCUGGAUCUGCUGCGGUCGUUCCGAAUCGGGAGGUGAUUCCGACCUGGAACCAGAGAAAGAGGAAGCUCAUUCAGGUCGAGGAGGAAGAGACCGCGUCCAAGCAGGACACGGUUCCGACUCAGAUUCCGUUGAGCCAACGCCCGACCGGUCCUCAGGAUGGGAAGUGCCCCACUUCCCUCGAUAGGACUGACGGGGAUGUGCAGGCCAAGGCCGAGGUCGCAUCCCUGUCCGCGACGUUGAAAGACGAGGACGAGAUUCUGUCGUCCUUGCAAGGGUUGGUGGAUGGUUUCUACAAAAAGGCGUCGGCGAAAUUGAGCUUGAUCAGCAAAUGCCGAGUCGGGGCUGAAUUCUCCUCAGGCGUGGACUUCCUGGCCUCGGUGGAGACGGAACUAUCCCGCCUAAGGAAAUUGGCGGAAGCCGAGCAUGAACAGGCCACCGAGCUCAAGAUGCAGGCUGUGGCAAAGUCCGAAGAAGUGGUCCGCCUACAAGGCCUUUUGAAGGAGUCGGAGGAAUCGGCUUCCCAACUCACGACUUCCAUGGCCGAGCUCGAGGGGCGUCUACGUCAGUCCGAGGGCCGAAUAUUGGAGAUGGAUGUUGACUUGGCCGAGGCUGUCUCCGCGCAACGGUCUCUGGAAGCUGGGCGAGAUCGGGCCCUUGCUGAGAAGGAACAAGUUGCUGCCGAGAAAGAGCGCGCCGUCUCCGACUUCCUUCAGUCCCCAGCCUUCAAAGACGCAUGUUUGGAAAAAAUGGUUGACUACUAUGAGAGCUGGCUUGGGAACGAGGCCGGCAUAAAGAAGAUGGGGGAGGAGGGGAAGAAGUGGUUCGGCGUCUAUCAUGAGAUCCAGCUCGUCCUUCGCCGGACCAGAAGAGUGGACCCGUCCUUCCCUCUGCCCGGGGUCGUCAUCCCAGACAUGCACUACCUAACCACUGGACCGUCGCACUGUUUCACCCAUGUGUCACUGCAAACAAUUCCAACUUCAAUCAAUGCGACUGCUCACCUUCCUUAUCUCUUCGCUUUCGGGCCUAUAAAUUGGCCCUCUACUUGUGUUGUGAGACCAUCCCUUCCUUACGGCAAUUGUGCUAACAUUCCCAUGGCUUCCAACAAUCCAAAAGAAAAUGUUCCUUCGUCCUCUCACUCCAAAGCCGGCCGUCGUCCCCCUCCUUCUCCGCCGAAAGACGCCAAAUCGCGUACAUGCUCCUGGUGGUACCGUGCAAAGAGGUUGGAAAGGCGCAUUGAACGUCUUCAAAGACUCACGAAUUACCUUCACGGGGUCCCUCAACGGCCUGCGCCUUCGGUUGAGGUUGCUCAGCCAGCUGCUGAUGCCAUUCCUGCGGAUUCCAUUCUUCCCAGCUUCGCCACCGCUCCGACCGCGGUGGGGAUAUGCGUCGAUCCUGAUCUUCCUUCCUUGAGUGAGGAGUCUGUUCAAGGCCCUCUAUGUCACGAACCUGCCAUGGCGGAGGUUUCAAAGAGAUCUGGCCGUCUGGUGCGCAAGGUGGGCACCAACGUUCGUGCCUAUCUCGAAGGCUUUCGCCGUGCUCAUCGCAAGAAGACUGCCAACACAACCCUUAAGACGAAGUUUGUGACCGAUCAUGACACAUCUUCCGUGGAUUCUUCUCUUUCUAAAGAAAUGGGGUUUCUAUUGCGCUCACACCCUCAGCAGGGCGGCGAAAGGUGUGUCCUCAGCAGAACUAAGGGUCGUGGAAGACAUCCUAAGCAGGAUUGCAAGUUUUCCGUCCUAAGCAGGACCUUGCGCUGCUCUUUGUGCUAUCAACAAGUUGUGCCCAUUCGGACCUUGUUCUUCGUCUCGUUCAGAGUGCCGAUUCCCCGGGUAAAACCGUGCAGAUGGGCUCCCCCCUGAAGGGACACUCGGCAAUAGGCAUUGCCGAGUGGCGAGACGGUAAAAUCU